CGGUCGCCAUAUUGAGCUGUAGCUACCUCCUUCUCAAACGAUUUGGUUGAAAAAUCUUACUAACCCUACCCACUAGAGAGCAGAAUACUGUGUUCAUAGCUGGAAUGCUGUUCGGUCUAAGUGCCAGUGCAACGUUCUACGUCACGUCAACGUACCGGAUGUUGAUACAGAAUCUGCAGGAACAGCUGGGAGAGAACAACAAAGCGACAACGAACCCAACAGACUUUGGGGAAUAAAAUAAUUAACGUGGAAAAGAACGGCGUAGCUACAAAUAGCUAAAGCCCAACUAGUCGAAAAGUCUUUAAACGGUGAGUGUGUACUGAACCAUGGGGCGGAUCUUCCUGGACCACAUCGGGGGCACACGCCUCUUCUCCUGCGCCAACUGUGACACUAUCUUGACCAACCGCUCAGAACUCAUCUCCACCCGCUUCACCGGAGCAACCGGCCGAGCCUUCCUCUUCAACAAGGUGGUGAACCUGCAGUACAGCGAGGUGCAGGACCGCGUGAUGCUGACGGGCAGACACAUGGUGCGAGAUGUCAGCUGUAAGAACUGUAACAGCAAGCUGGGCUGGAUCUAUGAGUUUGCCACCGAGGACAGCCAGCGUUACAAGGAGGGCCGUGUCAUCCUGGAGAGAGCACUCGUCAGGGAGAGCGAGGGCUUCGAAGAACAUGUUCCCUCUGACAAUUCCUGAGCUGAUGCUCAAAAUACUCGCUCAUCCCCACGCCCCUGCCCUAACCCUCCAUAGCCCCAAGCUCAUUAUUCCAGACACUGGUCAAUAGUCUUGGCUCCACCCACAGCUUUGACCUAGCUAGGACUUUUUGACCUCUCCUGAUUGGCUGGAUCUCUUCCAAAGACCACCUUCUGUCACCUAGAGACAUCAACGGGCCUGCUUUCACAUAGCUAUGGACUCCAUGCACACGUGCACACACAGGAUUUUGAAGGCAACUACACACACUGCAAGGCACACAGACUCAUAUUUACACACUUGACAUGCUCACAUGCAUGAUUAGUAGAUAUAUUCACUGACUCUGGAUAUUUUGUCAAUGUUACAGCUGCAGUCACAAUAACUCCCUCCCAGUGCUGUGUGUACUGUGUAUCCUUAUCCUAUAUCUGGCUGCUGUACCUGUGCAUGCAUUGUGAGGACCUGCUUGUCAUGCACAUCCCCACAAGUCCCUCCUGUGUGUGAGGAGUGCGAGCAGCAUAUUGCCUCUUAGUAAGUGAGGAGCUGAGCAGGGUAGUAUCAUGCCCAAAGACUGGUGGCCUGCUGGGCUGGCCUUCAUAUGAACUGUUGCUGUUCCUCCCAAUCUCUGACAAUUCCCAGCCAGUUGGAAUGAAGGGAUCUGUGUUCUCUGUCAUGCUGUUCUUUGUUUCCAAUCCCUGCCCAGGUUAAUGUACAAUAGAUAGAAAUAACACAUGAUCAUCAGAAAUUAUUAUAAUUGUAUUAAUGGUUAGUAUCAUUAUUGCAUUUUUAUUCUCAGUGGAGUCAUUGUUUUAAUUGGUUUGCUUUUCAAAUCAAAGUUUAUUAGUCGCGAACAAAGAUUUGCAGGUGUUAUAGCAGGUGCAGCAAAAUUCUUAUGUUACUAGCUCCAACAGUACAGUAGAAUGUCACAUGAAUACAAUACAAAUAAUUUUUAAAAAAUUACCAAGAAAUUACAGAAUGAGUAUAAAAAAAUAUUGCUUUUAUUAUGAUUAUUAUUGUUUUUCUUUAUGUAUUUUUAAAAACAAGGUCCGAUGUUUUUCUUGAUAUGAGGUAUAAAAAAGAGUAAGAUUGUCUCUUUUUCCAGUUAGCCUGCUUGGGCAAUUUUUUCUCUGUAGUGAUGAUUUCUGAAUAAAGUGUGUAUUCUUGCUAAAA